GGCCGAUGCAGUAAAAUCUGGGAAUAGCUUGUCGCGGUGGCUUUCAAAACUUGAAUCAAAACAGAAAACUCACUGUGUGACCAAAAAAAGAGUGAUUUUACUGGCGCAGAGGUAUACCCUGCUGACCGUGUUUCAAUGACUGCCAUGGAGUCUGGGAGUCUUGAGAAGUUUGUGGCUCAUUUCAGCCACAAACUGUCUAUUCUCAAAAAUGCUUUGAUGCUCUCGGAUGCAACUCUUGAUGAGGAAUAUGAAGAGGUGUCUGAGAAUUUGGACAGCACAUUAGACAGCCUACAGUCACUGAUGAAGUCUCUGAGGAGACAGGUUGAACAGCAGAAAAAGCACAUGGAACAUGUAGAGGAUAUUAAAAAUCAAACGGUCGCUCUAUCAGAACAUGUGCGGUAUGCAGUGGACAACAUCCCAACUAAACUUCCAGCAAAGAAAGCAAAGAGUGCAACAGCUCCCAAUGUUUCUGCUCCGCCUUUGAGUCAACAGCCAGAUCAGAUAAUGACCUCUCAAACCUCUGUUCAGAGAUGCACAUACCUGGAAUUUCUCACUGUGGAACAAUUUGAUGCUGUGCCCAAGUACAUGAAAGGUCGCAUGACGUAUGAGAAAGUAAAUUCUGUGAUUGAGAAGCUGGACCACGUGUAUGUUGAAAAGUACAAGAUCCUGAAACAAAAGAAGUUGUCGCUGAAUGAUGUCAACCGGAAGAGAUAUGAGGCUUUCCGACGGCAGGAAACCAAGGACACUCAGGGUGUUGAGUUCGUUGUGGAAAGAGACAUUUCUGACUUCUCCUCACUGAAGAUUGACAACGCUUUGAGAAAAAUACUGACAAUUCUCCGCCACUGCUGUCUGAUAUAUGAGAUAAGGGGAGAAGGUCAUGUGAGAUUUGCAAUUGUAAGAGGCUAUUAUUACUAAUAAACUGUGUUUUGAGGUGCAGCAUU